AUGCCGGGCACCUUCGCAGCUGCGCUCAGCGCAGAGAUGCGACGCACGCUCAAACACGAGAUCGACACUCUCUCCGACGCCGCAAUGAUCGACUUCAAGCAGAACGAUCGAGAAAGCUACAACGAUUUCAUGGAUCUCGUAAACAGCCUUCUUGCCUUUGAGAACGAGCACGGCAGCAAGAUUUACGACGACUCUUUCGACGAGCACUUCGUCGUCACGCCAAUGCACAGCCCCCGCGAGACUAUCUACAAAGUCCAAUACAACGGUAGGCCGCUAUCAGCCAUGUUCGACUCCAUGAAAGAGGCCAACGCUGAUACACUAGUCAAGUCUGCACGACGAGCUCACUUCGCCCCCACAGCCACUACGUUCAGCUUCGACAGCCCUGCCGAAUUCCCCCACCGCCCAGAGUCUGAGUACAGAAGCGACGGCACCUUCACUCGAGAUCCAACGUGGAAGCACUUCUACCGACCAGGCCGUUGGUCCAGCGACUGGGAAAACGCCCCCACGCCCGAGCUCAGCCCAACCUGCAGUCCCGUUUCAGAUGCUGACACGACUCCACGGACGAAGGAGUUGAUGGUCACUCUCGACGCACGUUGGGAUGCUGCUAUCGUCAACGCUAAACAGAACAGAGGUGAAGACGUCACCUGGCCAAUGCAUGAUACCGAGACACCUCUCCGAUACCGAGAAGCCGCACAGCACGCAGCGGCCAGGAAGGCCAGGCAUGAGAUCAAGGAGACAUCUAACCCUUUCAUGGACUUCAUCGAUUCCCUCCCCGACCCAGCAGACAACGAAACAUUCAACGACUCCGCAGCUCCAACCUGGUCUUUCGAUGCUCUCGACGACGACUCUACCCUCGUCACCGACCAGACUGAUGAGGAGCAUAGUAGUCAAGCAUCAACAACCUCCACCAACACUUCCUAUGAAACCCGCGACACUCCGAAGAGAGACAGGCCCGUCAACGAUCUCACGUUCCAGAAGAGCUUCCUCGCUCUUGACGAUGAUCUCGCUGAUGGGAUGGGUCAUCUCGAUAUUACGGAUGCGGUGCGACUUGAUGCUGUUCAUGCUGGUGUUGAGGUUGUUGAGGCGCCGCGGAGGAUGUUGAGGAGGGUUGGGAAGAGGGAGGCGCUGCGUUAG